AAUCAAUCAAUCAAUCAAUUCCUUAGACAUUAAAUAAUCAUCCCCAUAAACGUUAUUCCACUAUCCUGCACUCUUUAAGUUUCCAAUUGUUUUUGUUUUGUAGUUUUUGUCUUUUGUUUCCCCUGAUUUUUCCUGUUGAAAAAAAGAAAAAUAAAAUAAAAUUACUACUACAUUACCUUGAAUAGGUUAACAUUAGUUUGAAGAAAGUUUUACGAUUGAAGAAAAUUUAAAAAUAUGAGUGAUAUUCCUAUAAAUUUCACCCAACUAGCCCAAUUGACCGAGUUGGGCAUUCAACCCAAUUCCUUGGAUUUUAGAUCAACAACUUUAGAAUCAGAUCAUUAUGUUUGUAUUAGAGAACUGGGAGCUUCCGGUAAUACCGUUGCCAUUGUCAACUUAAAGAAUAAUAACGAAGUUACCAGAAAGAAUAUGAGUGCUGAUAGUGCCAUUUUACAUCCUUCUCAAUUUGUAAUUUCCUUGAGAGCUAAUGGUACUACUUUACAAAUUUUCAAUUUGGCUACCAAACAAAGAUUAAAGUCUUUUACUUUAGAUCAACCAGUUGUCUAUUGGAAAUGGUUGAAUGAAGAAGUCUUGGGUUUAAUCACCGCUAAUGCUAUUUAUACUUGGUCGGUCUUUGAUGGUAGUAAUCAAGGUCCUUCUAAGUUAACUGAUACUCAUGCUUCUUUAAAUAAUGCCCAAAUUAUAAAUUUUGUUGCUGAACCUGAUUUAAAUUGGUUUGCUGUUACUGGUAUUGCUCAAGAAGAUGGUCGUAUUGCUGGUCAUAUUCAAUUGUAUUCUAAAAGUCGUAACGUUUCUCAAGCUAUUGAAGGUCAUGUUUCUAAAUUUGCUUCCAUAAAAUUAAAUGGUGCUUUACACCCAACCAAAGUUUUCUGUGUUGGUAAUAAAAAUGCUCAAGGUCAAGGUAAUUUACACAUUAUUGAAAUUGAUCAUGUUGAUGGUAAUCCUCCUUUCCCUAAAAAAUCAGUUGAUAUUUUCUUCCCUCCUGAUGCUGCUAAUGAUUUCCCAAUAAGUUUACAAGCCUCAGAUAAAUAUGGUAUCAUCUAUAUCUUAACUAAAUAUGGGUUUAUUCAUUUAUAUGAUAUUGAAACUGGUUCUAAUUUGUUUGUCAAUAGAAUCACUGCCGAUCCAGUUUUCACCGCGGCCGCUUAUAAUGAAGGUACCGGUAUUAUCACUAUUAAUAAAGCUGGUCAAGUCUUGAGUGUAGAAAUUGCUCAAGAUAAAAUUAUCCCUUAUGUUUUGGAAAAAUUGGCUGACGUUCCUUUAGCUCUUUCUCUCUCUUCUCGUGGUGGGUUCCCGGGUGCUGAGAAUUUAUUUAAUCAACAAUUCCAAAAUUAUUUGAAUCAAGGUGAUUAUACUAAUGCUGCUAAAGUUGCUGCCUCUUCUGAACAAUUACGUACUCAAGAUACAAUCAACAAAUUAAAACAUAUCACCCCUCAACCAGGUCAAAUUUCACCAAUCUUACAAUAUUUCUCAACUUUAUUAGAUAGAGGUACUUUGAACAAAUAUGAAUCUAUUGAAUUGGCAAAACCAGUCUUACAACAAGAUCGUAAACCUUUAUUCGAAAAAUGGUUGAAAGAAAACAAAUUGACUUCUUCAGAAGAAUUGGGUGAUAUUGUUAAAUCUUAUAAUGAUCCUGCUUUAGCUUUAGCAGUUUAUGUUAAUGCUAAUGUUAAUAUCAAAGUUGUUUCCUGUCUUGCUGAAUUGGGUCAAUUUGACAAAAUCUUACCAUAUUGUCAAAAAGUUGGUUACCAACCUGAUUACACCAACUUAAUCCAAAACUUGGUUAGAGUCAAUCCAGAUAAAGCUAGUGAAUUUGCCACCUCUUUAUUAGCUAGUCCAGAUGCUAAUUUGAAAACUGAAAACAUUGCUGAUUUAUUCUUUUCUCAAAAUUAUAUUCAACAAGGUACUGCUUUCUUAUUAGAUGCUUUGAAAAAUGAUUCUCCUGCUGAAGGCCAUUUACAAACUAAAGUUUUGGAAAUCAACUUGUUGCAUGCUCCCCAAGUUGCUGAUGCUAUUUUAGGUAACAACAUGUUUAGCCAUUAUGAUAAACCAACUAUUGGUAAAUUAUGUGAAAAAUCUGGAUUAUUCCAAAGAGCAUUGGAACAUUAUGAUGACUUGAAAGAUAUUAAAAGAGUCAUUAUUCACACCAAUGUUUUACCAAAUGAUUGGUUGGUUGCCUAUUUUGGUCAAUUAAACGUUCAACAAUCUGUUGCUUGUUUGAAAGAGUUAUUAAGCACAAAUAUGCAACAAAACUUACAAGUUGUCAUUCAAGUUGCCACUAAAUACUCAGAUUUGAUCGGUCCAUUAACCUUAAUCAAAAUCUUUGAAGAUUAUAAAUGUAUUGAAGGUGAAUACUACUAUUUAUCUUCAAUUGUCAAUUUAACCCAAGAACCAGAUGUUGUUUUCAAAUAUAUUCAAUGUGCUGCUAAAAUGAACCAAGCCAAAGAAAUUGAACGUGUCGUUAGAGAUAACAAUGUUUAUAACGGGGAAAAAGUUAAGAACUUCUUAAAAGAAUUCAAACUUGAAGACCAAUUGCCAUUGAUUAUCGUCUGUGACAGAUUUAACUUUGUUCACGACUUGAUUUUAUACUUGUACAAAAACCAAUACUUCAAGUUUAUCGAAGUUUAUGUUCAACAAGUUAACUCCGCUAAUACUCCUCAAGUCGUUGCUGGUUUACUUGACGUUGAUUGUGAUGAGAGUAUUAUCAAGAACUUAUUAUUAUCUGUCUUGGGUAGAGUUCCAAUAAAAGAAUUGGUAUCUGAAGUUGAAAAGAGAAAUAGAUUGAAGAUUUUAUUACCAUUUUUAGAAAAGACUUUAGAAGGUGGCUCAACUGAUCAAGAAGUUUUCAAUACUUUAGCUAAGAUUUACAUUGAUUCUAACAAUAGCCCUGAAAAAUUUUUGCAAGAAAACAAUAAUUAUGAUACUUUAUCUGUUGGUAAAUACUGUGAAAAGAGAGAUCCUUACUUGGCUUAUAUUGCUUACUCUAAAGGUGGUAAUAAUGAUGAAUUAAUCAAUAUUACCAAUGAAAACAAAAUGUAUAAAUACCAAGCUAGAUAUUUAUUAUCCAAGUCCGAUUUUGAAUUAUGGGGCAAAGUUUUGAACGAAGAUAAUAUUCACAGAAGACAAUUAGUUGAUCAAGUGAUCUCUACUGGUAUUCCUGAAUUGAGUGACCCUGAACCUAUCUCAAUCACUGUUAAAGCUUUCAUGGAAAAUGAUUUGCCUCAAGAAUUAAUUGAAUUGUUAGAAAAAAUUAUCUUAGAACCAUCACCAUUCAAUGAUAACACUUCUUUACAAGGCUUAUUGAUUCUUACUGCCAUUAAAGCUGAUGCAUCUCGUGUCUCUGGUUACAUUGAAAAGUUGGACAAAUUUGACCCUCAUGAAAUUGCUCCAUUAUGUAUCGAUAACCAAUUAUAUGAAGAAGCUUUUGAAGUUUAUGAUAAGUUUGAAUUAAGAUCUGAGGCAAUGAAGGUUUUGGUUGAAGACAUCAUGUCUUUAGAUAGAGGUGAACAAUAUGCAGAAAAAUACGAUACUUCUGAAUUAUGGUAUCAAUUGGGUACCGCCCAAUUAAAUGGUUUACGUAUUCCAGAAGCAAUCGAUUCUUAUGUUAAAUCCAAAAACCCAGAAAAUUUCGAACAAGUUAUUGAAAUUGCUGAACACGGUGGUAAAGAAGAAGAAUUGAUUCCUUUCUUGGAUAUGGCCAGAGAAAGUUUAAGAGAACCUGCUAUUGAUGGGGCUCUUAUUAACUGUUACGCUCAUUUAGAUAAAUUAUCCGACAUUGAAAAAUUCGUUGGUGGCUCUAAUGUUGCUGACUUGGAAGCCAUUGGUGAUAAAUUAUUCGAAUCCAAGAACUACAAAGCCGCUAGAAUCUUGUAUUCUAAUGUUUCUAAGUACUCUAAGUUGGCUACUACUUUGGUUUAUUUGAAAGAUUAUCAAGGAGCCGUUGAUUGUGCUAGAAAAGCAUCGAAUACUCAAGUUUGGAAACAAGUUAACAGCGCUUGUAUUGAAAACAAAGAAUUCAGAUUAGCGCAAAUCUGUGGUUUGAACUUAAUUGUUGAUGCCGAAGAAUUGCCAGAAUUGGUUAAGACUUAUGAACACAAUGGUUACUUCAACGAAUUAAUUGCUCUUUUUGAAAGCGGUUUAGGUUUAGAAAGAGCACACAUGGGUAUGUUCACUGAAUUAGCCAUCUUGUACAGUAAAUUCUCUCCUGAGAAAGUCAUGGAACACUUGAAAUUAUUCUGGUCAAGAAUCAAUAUUCCAAAAGUUUUGACUGCCUGCGAAGAAGCUCACUUAUAUCCAGAAUUGAUUUUCUUGUACUGUCAUUACGAAGAAUGGGAUAAUGCUGCUUUGACCAUGAUCGAUAAAUCCGAAGUUGCUUUUGAUCAUUCCUCUUUCAAAGAGAUUAUUGUUAAGUGUCCAAACUUAGAAAUUUACUAUAAAGCUAUUAAUUUCUACUUGACAGAAAAUCCAUCGUUGUUGACCGAUUUAUUAUCAGUUUUGGCUCCAAGAUUAGAUUUACCUAGAGUUGUUAGAAUCUUUGUCAAAUCCGAUAACUUACCAUUAGUCAAACCAUUCUUGAUAUCUGUAUUAGAAAAGAAUAACUCUGUUGUUAACGGAGCUUAUCACGAUCUUUUAAUUGAAGAAGAAGAUUAUAAAUCUUUAAGAUCAAGUAUUGACAAUGAAUCAAAUAAUAGAUUUAACUCAUUAGAUUUAGCUGAAAGAUUAGAAAAUCAUGAAUUAAUUUUCUUCAGACAAAUUUCUGCCACUUUAUACUCCAAGAAUAAAAAAUACAAUAAAGCUAUUUCUAUCUUGAAGAAUGAUAAAUUAUGGGCUGAUUUAAUUAAGACUGCUGCCAUCUCUAAAUCUACCAAGAUUGCCCAUGAGUUAUUGGACUAUUUCGUUGAGACUGGUAACCAUGAAUGUUUCGUUGCUCUCUUAUAUUCUGCUUAUGAAUUCAUUGAAUAUGAUUAUGUUGUUGAAUUAGCAUGGUUGCAUGAUUUGGGUAACUUUGUCAAGCCUUACGAAAUUUCUGUUACUUACGAAAACCAUAAGAAAUUAAAAGAAGUUCAUGACGAUUUAAUCAAAAGAAGAGAAGCAGAAAAGAAAGACGAAGAUACCCCAAUUAAUCAACCAUUAAUGAUUACCAAUGGACCUGUUGGUGGUAUUGCUCCUGUUGGUACUGGGUUAGGCUAUCAACCAACUGGUGCUGGAUUCGGUAAUGCAUUUUAAGAAAAUUGAACCAAAUUUAAAAGCUGCAAGCAUGGACUCAUUUACUUUCCCCCUGAUUGAUUGAUUGAUUGGUAAAGGGCCUUGUUUUGGCAUAUUUUCAACGUUUCAAUUUUUUUUAAAAAAAAAAAAAAUAAAAAAUAAAAAAUUAACCUGUUUUAUUAUUCUAGAAUAAAAGUUCAAUUAUGUUUUAUUUAUAUCAUGCCCCUUCUUUCUUUUUCUUGACUCCUGU